ACACGAGCGAUUCUAACCUGUGUGCGCGCGUGGGACUAGCUGGUUCAUUUUAGCCUGCAACGAUGAUCGCCAGCAGUACUCGCGCUGCGCUUGCUGCUGCAGUUGCUGCGUAGCUCAGCUCUUCUAGCCGUCGAUACACACGCGUUGAACAAUAACAAGCAUUACCCCUUCCCCCUCGCUCACCUGCAGAGCGAGCAGCGUAUACCUACACGUAGAAAGGAAGGAACGUCAACAAAGGGUCAGCUCUGAAACGGAGUCGCUGCAGUCUGACAUGAAUAUCGCAAGCGACUGAGAGAGAGAGACACACAGUACCUGCGUAAUUACACGAGAGAUCUCUUCUGCUCCUCGAAAUGCCCGCCAAAAUCACGGAGAUCAAGUGCAAACGCUGUCGCACUAUGCUGUUCACGGAGGAGGCCUCACCGUCCCUCACGGCUCACGGACAGGCGAUCGGAGUUGGUGCGCGAAAUACCAGGUGCAACAGCGACGUUCCCGAGGACUGUCUCUUUCUCGCGGAGGACAGCAUGCCAGACUGGAUACACGAGGUCGUCGAUCGGGAAAACUGGACAAAAGGCAAGUUGCACUGCCCGCUCUGUCACGCUAGGAUUGGCUCCUUUGAUUUCGUCAGUUCGAAAAAGUGUAACUGUGGAGAGUAUGUACCACCACCAAUCAGAAUAACGUACUCAAAAAUAGACGUUCCACAUCGGUGAUGCUGAGAAGAUGCGCAAUAUACUUUAAUUAAUUUUUAAAUCAUCUCUCCAUAUAGCAUAUUAUUGAAAUUUACAGGGUAAUUAUGAUGAAAGGAGACGUAGCUUCUUAGGCAAUGUAUAUUAUAGAUUUGGUCUAGGUCGCCUUUCACAAAACCAACCCUAAUAUUACAUUGCUACAUUGUGUUAAUUAUAACAGAGUAUAUUGAUUUUUCUACAGUUUUACACUUAAGAAAGUUGAAAUUUUUUCUUUUUUAAUUAACACAAAUUACAUCAUUGCAAUAAAAAAUCACUGAGAGUGUCUCAUUACAAAGUUGAAUGAAGUUUAAGAAUUAUACUUAGUUGCAUUAAGCAUUGUUAAAAAAAAUCAUAAAAGAUCAUGAUCUACCAAAUGGUACAAAUAAAAUUGAAAGCUCUAUUUACUAAAUUUAUAGUAAAAAGGCUUAUAUUUUUUUAUUCAAUGUGUUAGUCCGAAUGUUUUAUAAAAGUCUAAAAAAUGUUUCAUUACACUAAAAUGUCAUUAAAAAAAUAAUAAUAAAACUCGUUGAUAAAUAUUUCUCAUUGCCAUAAAAAUCAACAGAAUCAAUUUUUGUCUUCUCAAUAUCUAUAUAUUUGAUUUCAGUAUUAUCAGAUUUUUUUCCUCGUGAGGCACUAAUUUCAACAAAGUGUUCAAUUAAAAAAGAUACACCUUUUUAUAUUAUUAAAUCUAAGAAAUUUUAUUUCACCAGAAUUAAAAAAAUAUAAUCAUUAUAACUUACAUACUGCAUCUUAUUUUUAAUCAAUGAAAAUACUUAAUAAGUAUACUCGCAAUUUAUUACUUGAUCACUAAGGAUGCUGUUGAAUUGUAGUUUCAUUCAUUACACGCAUAUAUAAACUCAAAGUAGAUUAACAUGGCAUUAGUUAAAAUUUCAAGCUAUAAACAGUGUUAAAAUACUCUACUGUUGUAUUUGUACUUGUGAUAAGUCGAAUACGACAGGUCAUAAUGUAGUGAAUACAAGUGGAAAUAUAUAUAGCAAAUAAAGUCGCAUUAAAACAUA